AUGCAGGUGUUUCCGAAAGUUUCUGAAAAGACAGUGACGAUACAACAACAAUCAUCAUUCCCAAUAAUUCUCGCCAAGAAUCAAAUCCUUCUCCGAUUUCCUCCAAUGGCGGCGGAAUCAAGUAGAAACCCAUCUCCGCCGUCUACUUCGCCGUCGUCGCAGAGCCCUAUAACGAAUUUAGCCGAUGACCAUCUCUUCACCAUCUUGCUUCUUCUUCCCGUAGAUUCAGUCCUCUCUUUCUCCAUGGCCUGCAAGAGAUACAACGCCUUGGCCUGUUCCGACAGUCUCUGGGAGGCCCUGUGCGAACGAGAAUGGGGCCCACAAGCUGUGGAUGUCUUAAAGUCAUCGUCUUCUUCCUGCUCUUCUUCUUCUUCUUCACGAGAUGGGUUUUCAUGGGUGAUGAUGUUUCGGCGAGUUUACAAGAUGGAUUCUGUUUGCUGUCACAAAAUCUCAGACCCAGAUGAUGAUGAUGAGGAAUCUUCUUCGUUUCCGAUCCCUAGAGCUUCUCAUUCUCUCAACUUCGUCAAUGAUCAUCUUGUUUUGUUUGGUGGUGGUUGUCAAGGAGGACGCCAUCUUGAUGAUACAUGGACAUCUUAUGUUGACAAGAGCAAUCGAAACAUGAUGAAAUGGAAAAAAGUCGAAUCUGGGACUCCAAGUGGGAGAUUCGGACACACCUGCAUCGUUAUAGGCGAGCAGCUACUCUUGUUUGGAGGAAUAAACGACCGUGGAGAGCGGUUAAACGAUACGUGGAUCGGUCAAGUCUCUUACCACGAGAGACUCUCUUGGAAACUCCUCAAUGUUGGACCUUUGCAGCGGCCUCGUCCUCCUCCUCGCGGUGCUCACUCCGCUUGUAGUAUCGCGGAGAAGAAGAUGGUUGUACAUGGAGGAAUCGGGCUGAACGGAGUCAGGCUCGGAGAUACAUGGAUUCUAGAACUUUCGGAGGAUUUCACCAUCGGUACAUGGCACAUGGUCGAGUCUUGUCAGUCUCCACCACCACGCUCGGGACAUACUUUGACCUGCAUUAGAGAGAACCAAGUGGUUCUGUUUGGAGGCAGAGGGUUAGGAUACGACGUGCUUGAUGAUGUCUGGAUCUUGGAUAUUCAAGAAGAGUGUGAAGAAAGAUGGGUACAGAUCUUCUACGAUUUCCGGGAUGUUCCCGAUUAUGCAUCGUUGCCUCGUGUUGGUCACUCGGCGACGCUUGUGUUGGGAGGUCGGAUCUUGAUCUAUGGAGGUGAAGACUCUUAUAGGCACAGGAAAGAUGAUUUCUGGUCGUUGGAUGUUAAAACCAUUCCUGCUUCAGGUUUGCAGCCGCAAGGAGUUAGUUUGAACGGAUCGUCGGUGUGGAAGAAGCUUGACCGGAUCUCAUACGGACCAAAGAGCCGGUCUUUUCACCGCGCCUGUGCUGAUAGUUCAGGGAGAUUUGUAUAUGUGUUUGGCGGGAUGGUUGAUGGUCUUCUUCAGCCUGCAGCAUCGUCUGGUCUAAGGUUUGAUGGAGAGCUUUUCGUGGUAGAGCUUACAAUCAACAACAAAGACGUGGCAAAAGCAUUUAAUGUUGUGGUGGUUUCUCUCUUUUGUAAAACAGCAGAAAUAUUGUGGGUUUGGCACAACAAAAUUAGCUUGCCUCAUGAGUUGAGUAUCAGUUUGGUUCUCCACAUCUCUGCAAGAACCUUCCUCGGGGCAGGAUCAUCUGGACCUUUGUCUCUUUGUCCUGAGGUGAAGUAUAUAUGUCCGUCCCAAUACCCAACCAGCGUUGUUUUCACACGGUACGGAUGCUUCUCUGUUGUGCCUCCAACGAUAACAAUGGAGUUAUUAACGACUUUCCAAGCGAAUUCAAUAUGGGAAUCCGGUUUUGGCAUCGGCGGCAUAACUUUCCAUUUCAUUUCUUCAUCCAACAUGUAG